AAAAAAAAAAAAAAAAAAAAACACGCAGAGAGAGAGAGAGUCAGGGGAAGAGAACGAAGACGAACCCAUAAACGAAAUUCAUUAUAGUCUGUAUAUAUAUACGUAUAUGCGUACAUAUAAGGGGGGAAAGAGAGAGAGAGAGAUAAGGAGGGAAGAGUUUCACAAGGGACUCAAUGCUUCCAUGGCUGACAUUUUUCUAGGGCUAAUUCGUGUGCUUUGAAUUGAGGUUCGUUGUGUCAACCCAAAACCCUAGAAGAGAGAGGAAGUUACGAGGAGUGCUCAGUGUUAACCCUAGCUGGCAAUUUUCCCAGUUUUGUUUGCAAUUCAGGAAUUUGAUUGUAGUCAUGAAUCAAUGAGAGGGGACACUUGUAGGUAUCAAGUUAGGUAUGCAUGGAUGCAGCUUAGGAUCUGCUGUUCUAGUCAAUGCUGAGGUUAAUUCCAUGGGGGGAGUUGUUGACGGCGGAGUUGGAAUUGGUACCAAAGCCUCUCCGCGGCGAGCAGCAAUUGAGAAGGCUCAAACAGAGCUUAGGCAGGAGCAUGAUGUGCGUGAGGAAAGGAGAAGAGAGCUAGAAUUUCUGGAGAAAGGUGGCAAUCCCUUGGACUUCAAAUUUGGAAAUGGAGCUUCUGUUAGUGUACAAUCUACUUCUCUGACUGAUCAGCCUCCCGAGCAGUUUUUGACCAGUGAAGCGAAAGGUAGUUUUGCGUUGACUGCUUCACCACAUGGAGAUUCUGUUGAAAGUAGUGGUAGAUUGGGGGAUCAUACAGUUAGUGAACCCAAUUGUGCUGAUAAUCUCUUGUUAUUUGAUGGUGAAAGUGAAUUUCUUGAAGGUGAAAGAAACUCUGUACAUCAUUCCCGGAGUAACAUUGCUCCAUCAGAACAGUCUUCUCAGUUGGACGGGAGUCAAAAUGCUAAAGAAUCAGGGGAAUCAGAUGCCUUUGGCCUCCCAAAAAAUCAAGCAUAUAAGCGAAGAAACAGGUCUCGAUCAAAUCGUGAUGGUGCUCGUUCAAGUUCAACCAAUAUGGUUCCAUCUCGAGGUGGUAAUGUCUGUUCUUUGCCUUCACGCCAUGGUCCAAAGGAUGGGAAGGGGUCGCUACUUGAUACAAAAAACCAGAAGGACCUGAAUGUUUCUUCGACUUGUAAUUCAAAGCCUACAAGUCCAAAUGGUAAUCUGGCUAUUAAGGCUUUACCUUCUGAUGGUUGGGUGGAUGUGGCGUUGGAUAAUGUACAGGCUGUUGAAUCAACUACUGGACUGACCAAAGUUGGUCUGCCUCUUUAGCUGUCUGAUUUUAAUACUUCCAAAAACUUGCAGGAUAUCCAACAUAAUCAACACUCACAAGUUGAUACACAGGAAACUUCUGCUAUGAUUUCUGGAGGGCCUGAAUCUGUCAGUGGAAGGGAACAGGUAGUUUCAGCUGGUAUUGACUGUUUGCCUUGUGUAACUACAGAAAAAGCUGAGAAUCAAACUAGUUCUGUUCCACUGAAUGGGUUUACCGAUGCCAAGCGAGAUAGAAAAGGCAUACUAAUUAAAGGUCAAAAUAGCAGUGCUGCAUUCAGCACAAAGGGUUUAGACUCAGAAUCCUCUUGCACCCAAGCCAACCUUAGCUUAGAUGGAAAUAAUGACAGUGACCCGCAUAAUAAUUUAAGAAAUGUUGAUACUAAUGGAAAUGCUAAGGAACAAACCUUAGUGUUUGCAGGUGCACUAGAUAUGGAAGGUGAUGAUAAAAUGUUAAAUGAAAAGAAUGAGACGAAAGCUGAUGACAGUUAUGCUUUCAUAAAUGAUGAGCACAAUUCUGUCCACCAAAACCACCAAAGCAAUGGUUUUAUUCUCAGAGUUGAGGAAGAAUUACAUGGAAAUGGAUCUGGCUCACAACAUGAGGUAAAGUGUCCUACCAGCAUUGAUGGGAUGGACGUAGAUGGCAAUACUGCAUCAGAGACAGAAAGAAAACCUGAAAAUUCACUCACUGAUAAUUUGAAUCCUCAAAAUGAAUUUGAUUGCACUGGUAGACUUGGAGGUUCUGCUGAUUCAUCUGUUCAUGAUAAUUCCAAUCCCCAAAAGGAAAGUGCUUGUGGUGGACUUCAGGGUUCUAUGGAUAUUUCUGGGCUUUCGGAGACUAAAUUAUCUGUUAGGGUUUCCACUGGUGCUCCUGAGCAACAAACUUGUUCUGAAACCCGCUUGAAAUUGACAAACAAGGCACAUGAAGAUUCUAUUUUAAAAGAGGCUCGGAUCAUAGAGGCGAAGCGUAAAAGGAUUGCUGAGUUAUCGGUUGGUACCUUGCCCUUGAAAAAUCAUCGGAAAUCUCACUGGGAUUUUGUCCUUGAAGAAAUGGCAUGGCUGGCGAAUGAUUUUGCUCAGGAGCGUCUUUGGAAGAUUACUGCUGCUGCUCAAGUAUGCCAUCGAAUUGCUUCUACUUAUCGAUUAAGAUUUGAAGAACAAAAUUUACGUUGGAAGCAAAAAAAAGUGGCCCACACCUUAGCACAAGCUAUAACAGAUUUCUGGCGUUCGGCAGAGGAAAUGAGCAAAGAGGUAGAUCUGCAAUGUUCUGGAAGAGAUUUUGUAUGUGCUGUUCACGGAUAUGCAGUGAGGUUUCUGAAGAAUAAUACCUCCCUUGUGCUGCUUGGCCUGGCUGAAGCUCCAGCAACGCCUGACAGGGUAUCUGAUUUGGGCAUUCAAGAAAUGUCAUGGAAGGAUCACCUUACAGAAGAAAACCUCUUCUACGUGGUGUCCCCUGGUGCAAUGGAAACAUACAGAAAUUCAAUAGAAUCUCAUUUAGCAAAAGUUGAGAAAACUGGCAGUUGCAUCCAAGAAGAAGUAGAGACUUCUAUGUAUGAUGCUGCAGCAGACUAUGUAUCUCAAGGUGGUGCAUAUGAAGAGGAUGAAGGUGAAACAAGCACUUAUUAUUUGCCUGGAGGCUUUGAAGGUAACACGCCAUCAAAGUUUGGCCAGAAGAAAAGGAAGAACUUGACAAAAUCUAAUGAUGCAAGAGCAUAUGAUCUGGGAACUAAUUCACCAAUCAUGCAAUGCAUGGAAAAUAAAGUUGGGACUCAGCAGUCUGUGUUAAUGGGAAAACAGCCUGCAAACAUUCUUAAUGUUGGUUCAAUUCCUACAAAACGUAUUCGGACAGCUUCCAGGCAGAGGUUUUUAUAUCCUUUUAGUGGUGGCACUUCUGGGGGUGUUCAGGGUCCAAACAAGACAGAUGCUUCCAGUGGUGAUACCAAUUCUUUUCAGGAUGACCAGAGUACUAUGCAUGGUGGAUUCCAGAUCCGGAAUAGUUUGGAAGUUGAGUCUGUGGGUGACCUUGAAAAGCAAUUACCAUUCGACUCAACAGAAGUAUCAAAACCUAAAAAGAAAAAGAAGGCAAAGCAUCUGGGUUCCACAUAUGAGCACAGAUGGCAGUUUGAUAACAAUUUUGAGCAGAGGGAUCAUUCAAAAAGGAGAAUGGACAGUCAUCAACUUGAGUCUAAUGGUAGGAGUGGUUUGUUUGGCCAACACAUUAUGAAGAAGCCAAAGAUGACAAAACAAUCACUGGAUAAUUCUUUUGACAAUCUUACUCCAAUGUCCGGGACAAUUCCUUCUCCUGUGGCUUCCCAGAUGAGUAAUAUGUCCAACCCUAAUAAGCUCAUUAAAAUCCUUGGUGGCCGGGAUCGGGGAAGGAAAACCAAAUCGUCGAAGAUGCCUACUGGGCAACCAGGGUCAGGAGGUCCAUGGUCACUAUUUGAAGAUCAGGCCCUUGUUGUCCUUGUACAUGAUAUGGGUCCACAUUGGGAGCUUGUAAGUGAUGCUAUCAACAGUACUUUGCAAUUCAAGUGUAUAUGCCGGAAGCCCAAGGAAUGUAAGGAGCGCCAUAAAAUUUUAAUGGAUAAAACUGCUGGUGAUGGGGCUGAUAGUGCUGAAGAUUCAGGGUCUUCUCAACCCUAUCCGUCUACCUUACCCGGUGUCAUACAGGGCAGUGCCAGACAAUUGUUUCAACGUUUGCAGGGGCCAAUGGAAGAAGAUAUGAUCAAAUCUCAUUUUGGGAAAAUCAUAACGAUUUCGCAAAAGCAGCAUUACCAUAGGAUAAAGAAUGAUAACCAGGAUUUAAAACCAAUCCAGCCACACCAUUCUCAUACAAUUGCUCUUUCCCAAGUUUGCCCAAAUUACCUCAAUGGAGGGCCUCCACUCACGCCUCUUGAUCUCUGUGAUACAACUACAUCAAGCCCCGAUGUUCUUUCCCUUGGAUACCAAGGCUCUCAUACUAGUGUUUUAACAAUACCAAAUCAGGGCACUGUUGCAUCUGUGGUUCCCAUUUCUGGUGCAAAUUCCUCAUUACAAGGAUCUUCAAACAUUGUUCUUGGCAAUAAUUUUCCGUCUCCAUCUGGUCCCCUUAAUGCCCCGGUUAGGGAUGGUAGAUACGGUGUUCCUAGAUCAGCAUCUUUAGCCAUUGAUGAACAGCAGAGAAUGCAGCAAUAUAAUCAGAUGUUAUCUGGUAGAAACGUUCAGCAGCCUGGCCUUUCUGUUUCUGGGGCUCUUCCAGGAACUGAUCGUGGUGUUCGCAUGUUGCCUGGUGGGAAUAGCAUGGGCGUUAUGUGUGGGACGAAUAGAAACAUGCCAAUGGCAAGGCCCAGUUUUCAAGGAAUUGGCCCAUCAUCAAUAUUGAACUCUGGGGGUUUGCUUUCUUCCAGUAUGGCAGUGAUGCCGAGCCCUGUUAAUAUGCACUCUGGAGUUGGUUCUGGUCAAGGGAACUCAAUGUUGAGACCUCGGGAUGCUUUAAAUAUGAUGCGGCCUGGCCAGAAUCCAGAGCAUCAAAGGCAAAUGAUGGUGCCAGAGCUUCAGAUGCAGGUUGCCCAAGGGAACAGCCAAGGAGUCCCUCCUUUUGUUGGACUGAGUUCUGCUUUCUCCAAUCAGACGUCUCCACCUGCUCAGACAUAUCCACUCCACCCACAGCAGGCUCAUGUGCUCAGUAAUUCUCAUCAUCCUCACCUUCAAGGACCAAAUCAUGCCGCGAGCACCCAACAUCAAGCCUAUGCAAUGCGCAUUGCAAAGGAGAGGCAAAUGCAGCAGCGUUUACAGCUGCAGCAGCAACAUCAGCAGCAAUUUGCUGCAUCCAAUGCUCUGAUGCCACAUGUACAAUCUCAGUCUCAACUGCCCAUAUCAUCUUCUAUGCAAAAUAGUUCCCAGGUUCAACCUCAAACUACUUCUGCUCCAGUAUCACUGCCUUCGACUCAUUCAUCCUCAAUGACUCCUAUGUCACAGCAUCAGCAGAAGCUUCACAUGCCGCCUCAUGGGCAAAACAGGAACCCUCAAACUGCUGGUAGUGGGUUGACUAAUCAGAUGGGAAAGCAACGGCAACGUCAACCACAGCAGCAGCAGCAGCAGCAGUCAUUUCAACAAUCUGGCAGGCACCACCCUCAGCAGCGUCAACAGUCACAGUCUCAACAGCAGGCUAAACUUAUUAAGGGAAUAGGUAGAGGGAACGUGCUAAUGCAUCAGAACCUCACAAUCGAUCCCUCUCUUCUGAAUGGUAUUUCCACAACUCCAGCUGGCCAAUCUGCAGAGAAAGAAGAACAGGUAGUGCAUUUGAUGCAAGGCCAGGGUUUAUAUCCUGGGUCAGGGCUAAAUCCCGUUCAACCAUCUAAAUCUUUAAUGCCUCCUCAUCAGCAAAAGAUGUAUUCUGGCCAAGCAAUCCCUUCAUCAAAGCAAGUUCAGCAGAUGCCUUAUUCAGAUAAUAGCAAUCAAGGACAUGCUGCACCGGCCACUUCUGGUCAAACAUUACCAGUUUCACACUCGGUUGUGACUUCUUCAAACCACCAGCAACUACAGCCACACCAAAAGUCAGUGAAUCAAACUCAACCGAUUGUUCAAAGAGUGUUUCAACAAAAUCGCCAAUCGAAUUCUGACCCACCAAGCAAGUUGCAAGCUGGUCAAGCUCAACCUGACCAGCAGCCUGUGAGCAACUCACCUCAGAUGGGUACAGCAACAGCAAUGCCUCAAUUCACUACUGAUACAACUACUGUAAAACCAGUUGUUUCGUCUUCGGGCACUCAAUGGAAAGCACCAGAUCAGAUGCAUGAUUCUGGUAUGCCAAAUUCAGCAAUGCAGUUGGCUCCUAAUGGGAGUCCGCCUUUGACAAAUUCUGCUGGGAGUGAACCUAUGCCGAUGGUCAGCCAAGGGCUAGGGCAGGGACAGUCAUCGGGUAGUUUGCCCCCUCUUGGGCAUAACGGUGGUGCACGGUGGCCGGAGCACCAGUCACAGCUACAACUACCUUCAACACCUCUACCCCCACCACCACAACAGCAGCAGCAGCAGCAGCAAUCACCACGCCAACAGAUGCCACAACAACUGCAGUCACAGCAGCAGACGCAGCAUCUGCAAGCAGGGAACGGCAGUUUGUAUAUCAGACCAACUAACUCUAGAAUAGAAUGAAGUGCUUUCAAUGGAUUGGGCAAUACCUGGACCGGAUGAUCUGCCUGAGUUGGGUUGGCAUGCCCUUGUUAUAGCUUUGUACAGAUCAAGGUCAUCUCCCCAUCAUGGAAAUGUAAGAUGACAGGCGGGGAUCGUUGCAAGUUGUGACUUUACUGAAGAAUUACUAGCAGGGUCAAUUUUUUUUGGUAUGAUGUAUAUUACUGUUGCCUUAAAACCUCAGGAAGAUAGAGACGGAGAUAGAGGGACGUGUACAGGAGUCUCAUCUCUCCUUUUGUGUUAGGUUUUUUUUUUAUUUAAUAUUCUUUUAGAUUUUCCCUUUAUUGGUUCCCCUGUUCAGAAUGGAGGGGCCUCAUCUAUUGGUGCCCCCAGAUUAGCUUUUGUAUUAUUUCCCUUUUGGAUUUAAGGGGGUAGCCAUCAUUAUUAUGGCCACUGGCUAGAAGCCUUUGGGAAAUUUUGUGAAUACAAAUUUUCUGGUGCAUACCCUGAUCAAUGUAGAACAAUUUCCAUCUGUCACUGUUUUGGGCACCUGUGCAAUUCUUGUGGAGAAUGGGGAAUGGGCCAGGUUUUCUAUUGA